AUGGCUCUCUCUUCGCAGGAGUUUCCUCCUCUUCCUGGCUCCUCCCUUCUUGGGGCUCCUCCUUCUUUACCUCCUUCUACCUACGCGAUUAAUCUCGCGGCGCCUCCUCCUUCUAGAGAUGUUUGGCCUAUGACUUACUCCAAGCCGUCACAUAAACUCUCCUUUGCUUCGAAGAACCUGACUGAAGGGAAGGCUCUUUGGAAUUUAUCGCUUGUGGGAUAUUCCCUUGGCCCGCGCCCUUAUUAUGAAAGGCUUAGGUUGGCUAUGGAGAAAGCUUGGAAGCUUAAAGGAGACUUAUCUCUUCUUUCUCUUGCUGACGAUUUCUUUCUUCUCAAGUUUACUGCGGUGGAGGAUUAUGACAUGGUUUCUGCUGGCGGACCUUGGUUCUUACUGGGAAAGCCGUUUAUACUUCAGCGGUGGGAUCCGACGUUUCAACCGAAAAGGGAUGAACUGGCUGCGAUUCCGGUAUGGAUUAAAAUCUUAAAUCUACCUUUAGCUUUAUGGACCCCAUCAGGUAUUUCUCAGAUCGCCAGUUUUAUCGGUAUCCCGCUUUAUGUUGAUACUUUGACUGCUAAGAGAACGAGGCUUACAUUUGCGAGGGUUUGUGUUGAGGUGGACAAAAACUCUGUUCUUGCUGAGGAAAUCCCUCUGGAAAUAGACGGGAUUGAUAUGUCCUUGAAGGUUGUUUAUGACUGGAAACCCGUUAGGUGCGAGGGAUGUGGAUCUCUGUGCCAUUCCUUUUCUUUGUGUCCUAAGAAUCCUGCUCCUAAACCUUCUAUCCCUCAAAAGCUGGUUUUUCGUGGUAGGAGUACUAGCAGGAAUCCCAACUCUAGAACUGUUAGUUCUUCUAGACCUAAAGUUGUUAGUAUUCCUCCUCACACUGUGGUCGCUCAGUCGACUGAUAUUCCUUCUUCGUCUAAACCUUCUCCAACCGUGCUUGCCCAGCCUCAUCCUCCCUCCUCUGAACCCCCUCCUACCCAAAUUUUUGUUCAGCGUUCUUCUUCUAAGCUUCCGACUUCUUUGGCUCAAGAGGAUAACAUCUUGAUACCCAACCUCAACCUACCUCAAGCUGACUCGUUCUCAGCAAAUUCUAUCCCUUCCAAAAACAUUCUGCUACCUUCCCAAGUUCUUCUUGUUAACAGCUUUCAAUCCCUUCCUGUUGAAAACUCUGUUAACGCUGAAGAUGAUCCUACUGAAGAAGUUUCCUUUGAUGAAGACCUCUCCUCUUCUUCAAAAACCACCGAUGUUAUCCCUAAUAAGGGUAAAUCAAAGUCCACUUCCAAAGCUAACUCCCCUCCUAAAAAAGCCAAAUCCAAAUCGGCCAAGAAGGCCAAACCCCAUUAA